AUGUUUGUGGCACGGAUUCUAACAAUUUGUCACGCAAAAGAUUUCAUAGAAGUUGUCGGGGUUAGAUGUGAACCGUCUGUUGAGAUCAUGAGUGGUGGUAAUGCCCAUGAACAAAAUGUCCACGAACAAAACAGAAUAUGGUUAGAGAACAGCAUCACGCAGAAGUAUGUCCGCUAUUAUAAAGACGAAGACCUAACAGAUCGUGAUCUGAUUGGGAGAGGAGGAUAUGCUCUAGUCUACAAAGCAAGCGUGAAACAGUGUGAUAUAAACGUUGCUAUAAAACAAUUACUUCCAUUGCCGUCCACUGUAGCGAAAGAGGAAAUUUAUUCAAUAUUUGUGAGAGAGUCGUCACGGAAUAUCCUCAUCCAAAGCGGUGUUGCCAAGAUUACUGACUUUGGUCUCGCUAAACUUAUUGAAGAACAGACCGCUACUGCUUUAGGAGGGACGCCUGCGUAUAUGGAUCCUAUGUGCAUUAAAUACCCUGCAUAUGUUCGUGACAAGAAGUCUGACAUAUUUAGUUUCGGUGUCGUACUAUGGGAAAUUUCUACAGGAAACCCACCGUACGAAGGUCAAACGUUUAUACAGGUUGUGAGUUGGAGAAUUUUGAAUCAUCGCGAACCUCCCGUCUCUAAUACACCGGAAGAGUAUUUGCAACUUUAUUCAGAAUGUUGGCAUGAUGACCCAAACAUAAGGCCGACCUGUGACGUAGUGUGUGAUCGCUUGAAAGAAUUAUUGAAUCGAGGAAAAGAGGAAGAUACCUACUUAUCUAGGACAGACUCUACUAGUUCAGAGUCAACUCUAUUUUCUCAGGGAAUGAAGAUUGAACGCACACCAUCUAUGCAAACAUCGCAGUCAACUCUAAUUUCUCGGGAAAUGAUUUCCAAAAAAAAGCAGAUCCAGUUUAUCAAGUGGACAAAACCUGCAGCGCACCAAACACUACCUCAACAAGUGAUAACAUUCUUAAGAAAUGAAUUGAUACUCGGCAAACACAUUGACCACAUUGGUGCGUCUCUUCUAAUAUGGAUGAAAACCAACAACCACGAGAUUAGUGAAAUAGCGAAACUAUUAGAUAAGUACAAGGUAAAUUCUGCUAAAAACGACUCGGACAAACAGGAUUCCAGUAUUCGAUGGCUACUCGGUUUCAUGUACCAGUACGGCUUAGGUACUGAGGAGGAUGAAAUAGAUGCGUAUGACUAUUACAAAGAAUCGGCCAACGCAAAUAAUUAUUUAGGAUUAUAUUCGAUUGGACGUUGUUUUCAAACAAAUUAUGGUGCUUUUGGGAAGCUCGAAAUGGUCAUAAAGUUUUACAGUAGGUCAGCCGACCAAGGAUUUACACCAGCAAUAUACAAUCUAGCCGACAUUUAUGCGUCCGCAGGAGACGAAAAGCAGGCAUUCACAAUAUUAAAGGAAAUAGCAGAUCAGGGCGAUUCGACCGCCCUGUGCAAGCUCUCGAGUUGGUAUGCUCGCGGAAAAGGGGUGACGAAAAGUGAAUCUGAAGCAAUAAACUGUCUUGUGAGGGCAGUUGAAUUGGGCAAUCCUAUCGCAAAGUGUGAAUUUGGUGUGCGUCUUCUAUAUGGUCAAGGAGGUAUUACGAAAGACGAACGGAGAGCCAUUAGUCUGUUUAUGGAGGCAUGCGAAUUUGAUAUUGAUGUCGCAUAUGAAAAUCUGGGCAAUUGUUAUGAGAGAGGAAUUGGCACAGACGUUAACUUGCAGGAAGCUAUCAAGUAUUAUCAGCUCGCAUCUAGGACGGCUCGAAAUGAGUCUGAUAGAACACGUUAUUAUAGUGCUAUUGCAUCAAUUGAAGCAAAGCUUAAGGCUGAUUAUAAGUAUCUUGAAAUAGUAACUCGGUAA